GGAGCUGCUGCUGCUCUCCGGCUCCCAUUCCCAUUCUGCAGCCGCAGCUUGAAGACACUAUUUUCCCCCCACCCCCAGGAGCUCGUCCAACUAAUUUAGGAUUUGGGAAGGUGACCUUUCACCGCCAAAAUCUCUAGUCCCGGAAUGAUGACGCUUUUCCGGCCAUAGUGCUGGUUGAAAUCUUUGUGUUUUUUACAUAUAUUCCACUCCCCCCCCGGACCACAUUCUGGAGGCUGGUUGCAAACGGGAGAGUCAGUUGUUGGGGAAAUGCUAUCACACGCGAUGUCUGCCUAGGAAUGCUACAGCUGUGAACUUGGACCAGAAGCCAAAAAAAUCAACAUCCCAGGUUUAAGGCGUGGUGAGGGCCUGAUCUCCGUUCGCUUGGCACCAUGGUGGCCCUCUCGCUGAAGAUUUGUGUCCGCCAGUGUAAUGUCGUCAAGACGAUGCAGUUCGAGCCCUCCACUGUGGUUUACGAUGCCUGUCGUAUAAUCCGAGAGCGUGUGCCCGAGGCACAGAUGGGCCAAGCCUCGGAUUAUGGAUUGUUCCUGUCCGAUGACGAUCCAAGGAAAGGGAUCUGGCUUGAAUCUGGCCGCACUCUGGAUUAUUAUAUGCUUCGUAAUGGGGACAUCCUGGAGUAUAAGAAAAAGCAGAGGCCGCAGAAAGUGAGGAUGCUGGACGGAGCAGUGAAGACUGUCAUGAUUGAUGAUUCCAAGACUGUUGGUGAACUACUCGUCCCUAUUUGCAGUCGAAUAGGCAUCACGAAUUAUGAAGAGUACUCCUUGAUUCAAGACAUCAUUGAGGAGAAAAAGGAAGAUGGAACAGCAACGCUGAAGAAAGACAGAACACUACACCGGGAUGAGAAGAAGAUGGAGAAAUUAAAAGCAAAGCUUCACACUGAUGAUGAUCUGAAUUGGUUGGAUCACAGUCGGACCUUCCGAGAGCAGGGCGUCGACGAAAACGAAACACUGCUGCUAAGACGCAAGUUCUUCUACUCUGACCAGAAUGUCGAUUCCCGAGACCCAGUACAGCUGAAUUUGCUGUAUGUCCAGGCUCGAGAUGAUAUUCUGAAUGGAUCCCACCCAGUCUCCUUCGAGAAAGCCUGUGAAUUCGGGGGCAUUCAGGCUCAGAUCCAGUUUGGACCCUACUUGGAACACAAGCACAAACCUGGAUUUCUUGAUCUGAAGGAGUUCCUGCCGAAGGAGUACAUUAAGCAGAGGAAUGCAGAGAAGAAGAUCUUCCAGGAACACAAGAACUGCGGGGAAAUGACUGAGAUUGAAGCAAAAGUUAAAUAUGUUAAGUUGGCUCGCUCGCUCCGAACCUAUGGGGUGUCAUUCUUUUUGGUGAAGGAAAAAAUGAAGGGGAAGAACAAGUUAGUACCUCGACUUCUGGGCAUUACCAAGGAUUCCGUGAUGCGUGUCGAUGAAAAGACCAAAGAAGUGAUGCAAGAGUGGCCACUCACAACUGUCAAACGCUGGGCUGCUUCUCCAAAGAGUUUCACUCUGGAUUUUGGAGAGUACCAGGAAAGCUACUAUUCGGUUCAGACGACAGAAGGUGAACAGAUCUCUCAGCUAAUUGCAGGUUAUAUCGACAUCAUCCUCAAGAAGAAGCAAAGUAAGGAUCGAUUUGGACUGGAAGGGGAUGAAGAGUCAACAAUGCUGGAAGAAUCGGUCUCUCCAAAAAAAUCCACCAUACUGCAGCAGCAGUUUAAUAAGACAGGGAAGAUUGAGCACGCGUCGGUGGCGCUGCCCGCUGUGAUGAGGCCGGGCGCGGGCGGGCCGGAGAGCUUCAACACUGGCACCAUGCCAGCUCCUCAGCAGCAGAUCCUGAGUGGGCAAAUGCACCGGGGCCACAUGCCCCCACUGACAUCAGCACAGCAAGCAUUAAUGGGAACCAUUAACUCCAGUAUGCAGGCGGUUCAGCAAGCUGAGUCUGACCUGACUGAGAUAGAUAAUUUACCCCCACUGGGGCAGGACAUGGCGUCCAAGGUGUGGGUCCAGAACAAGGUGGAUGAAUCGAAGCACGAAAUCCACUCGCAGGUCGAUGCAAUCACAGCGGGGACAGCCUCGGUGGUCAACCUCACCGCCGGAGAUCCCGCAGACACCGAUUACACAGCAGUGGGCUGCGCCAUCACUACCAUCUCCUCCAACCUGACGGAGAUGUCCAAGGGGGUGAAGAUGCUGGCUGCUCUCAUGGACGAUGACAUUGGCAGUGGGCAGGACCUCCUGCGGGCCGCGAGGACGUUGGCUGGCGCCGUGUCUGACCUGCUGAAGGCAGUCGAACCUUCGUCAGGGGAGCCUCGGCAGACUGUACUGACAGCGGCUGGAAGCAUCGGCCAGGCCAGUGGAGACCUCCUGCGGCACAUUGGAGAGAGCGAGACAGACGAACGAUUCCAGGAUGUGCUGAUGAGCUUGGCCAAGGCGGUGGCCAAUGCAGCCGCCAUGUUGGUCCUGAAGGCGAAGAACGUGGCCCAAGUGGCGGAGGAUACCGUGCUCCAAAACCGGGUGAUCGCUGCUGCCACGCAGUGUGCCCUCUCCACCUCCCAGCUGGUCGCCUGUGCCAAGGUGGUCAGUCCGACCAUCAGCUCGCCCGUGUGCCAGGAGCAGCUGGUGGAAGCCGGGAAGCUGGUGGACCGCUCGGUCGAGGGCUGUGUCAAAGCUUGCCAGGCGGCCACAGAGGACACAGAGCUCCUGAAGCAGGUCAGCGCCGCGGCCAGCGUGGUGAGCCAGGCCCUCAACGACCUCCUCCAGCACGUGCGCCAGUACGCCAGCAGGGGGGAGCCCAUUGGGCGCUACGACCAGGCGACCGACACCAUCAUGACUGUGACCGAGAGCAUCUUCAGCUCCAUGGGCGAUGCGGGGGAGAUGGUUCGGCAAGCGCGAGUGCUGGCCCAGGCCACCUCGGAUUUGGUGAACGCCAUGAGGUCGGACGCAGAGGCAGAGAGCGAUGUCGAUAACUCCAAGAAGCUGCUAGCCGCUGCCAAGUUAUUGGCUGAUUCCACAGCGAGAAUGGUGGAAGCUGCAAAGGGUGCGGCAGCAAAUCCAGAAAACCAGGACCAGCAGCAGAAACUGCGGGAGGCAGCGGAGGGCCUCCGCGUUGUCACCAACUCAGCAGCUCAGAACGCCAUCAAAAAGAAGCUGAUCAACCGGCUUGAGAAUGCGGCCAAACAAGCUGCUGCCGCAGCCACGCAAACCAUCGCUGCUUCGCAAAACGCCUCGUCGUCCAAUAAGAACACAGCCGCCCAUCAGCAACUGGUACAAAGCUGCAAGGUUGUUGCUGAUUAUAUUCCUCAGUUGGUGCAAGGUGUGCGAGGAAGUCAGGCAGAGCCUGAGAAUCUUAAUGCCCAACUCGCCUUGAUUAUUGCCAGCCAGAACUUCCUUCAGCCCGGAAGCAAGAUGGUCUCCUCUGCCAAAGCUGCUGUGCCCACGGUCGCUGACCAGGCCGCUGCCAUGCAGCUUGGACAAUGCGCCAAGAACCUCGCCACAAGCCUGGCUGAGCUCCGAACAUCUGUACAGAAGGCUCAUGAGACAUGUGGGCCCAUGGAAAUUGACUCUGCCUUGCAGUCGGUGCAGACUCUGAGGAACGAACUGCAGGAUGCCAAAAUGGCGGCAGCUGAUGGACAACUGAAGCCAUUGCCAGGGGAGACGCUGGAGAAAUGUGCACAGGAUCUGGGAAGCACAUCCAAGGCUGUGGGCUCUUCAAUGGCACAGCUCCUCACCUGUGCAGCUCAAGGCAAUGAACACUAUACAGGUAUCGCCGCACGGGAAACAGCGCAAGCUCUCAAGACUCUGGCAUCAGCUGCCCGCGGGGUGGCGGCUUCGACGGACAACUCUCCAGCUCAGAACUCCAUGUUGGACACUGCUCGGGAUGUGAUGGAUGGGUCUGCCCUGCUGAUCCAGGAAGCCAAGCACGCGUUGGCUUCACCCGGAGACACUGAGAGCCAGCAACGGCUGGCACAGGUGGCUAAGUCGGUCUCCCAUUCGUUGAACAACUGUGUGAACUGUUUGCCGGGACAGAAGGAUGUGGACAUGGCACUUAAAAGCAUUGGAGAAUCCAGCAAAAAGUUGCUGGUUGACUUGUUGCCACCAAGCACCAAGAGUUUUCAGGAGGCUCAGAGUGAGUUGAAUCAAGCGGCUGCAGGGCUGAAUCAGUCAGCGGGGGAGGUGGUACACGCCUCACGAGGGACCAGCAGGCAAUUGGCCGCUGCCUCCGGCAAAUUCAGUGAAGAUUUUGAUGAGUUUCUGGAUGCGGGCAUUGAAAUGGCUGGACAAGCUCAGACAAAGGAGGGUCAGAUCCAGGUCAUUGGUAACUUGAAGAAUAUCUCCAUGGCUUCCAGCAAACUGCUCCUCGCUGCCAAGUCGCUGUCUGUUGAUUCUGCUGCACCCAAUGCAAAGAAUCUCCUGGCAGCAGCUGCCCGGGCUGUUACCGAGAGCAUCAACCAGCUGAUUACACUCUGCACCCAGCAGGCUCCUGGGCAGAAGGAAUGUGACAACGCUCUCCGAGAACUCGAGACUGUCAAAGGCAUGCUGGAAAAUCCCAAUGACCCUGUCAGUGACCUCUCCUACUUUGACUGCAUUGAGAGUGUGAUGGAGAAUUCCAAGGUCCUCGGAGAGGCUAUGACUGGGAUCUCUCAGAAAGCCAAGACUGGCGAUCUUCCGGCGUUCGGGGAAUCUGUUGGCAUCGCCUCCAAGGCACUGUGUGGUCUGACAGAGGCAGCGGCUCAGGCUGGUUACCUGGUUGGGAUAUCUGAUCCCAACAGCCAAGCUGGGCACCAGGGGCUAGUGGAUCCCAUCCAGUUUGCUCGGGCCAAUCAGGCAAUCCAGAUGGCGUGUCAGAAUCUGGUGGAUCCAGCAAGUAGUCCGUCACAGGUGCUGUCUGCUGCUACCAUCGUCGCCAAACACACUUCGGCAUUGUGCAACGCCUGCCGGAUCGCCUCCUCCAAAACCGCCAACCCGGUUGCCAAGCGACACUUUGUCCAGUCGGCCAAGGAAGUUGCCAAUAGCACCGCCAACCUGGUGAAGACCAUCAAGGCUCUUGAUGGUGACUUCUCCGAAGAGAAUCGAGACAAGUGCAGGUUAGCCACUUCCCCUUUAAUCGAGGCUGUGGAAAACCUGACGGCGUUUGCCUCCAACCCUGAGUUUGUCAGCAUCCCGGCCCAGAUUGGAGCUGAGGGCGCUCAGGCCCAGGAACCAAUCCUUGCUGCUGCCUGCUCGAUGCUCGACAGCUCGUCCUCGCUCAUCAAGAGUGCCCGGUCGCUUGCUAUCAACCCAAAAGAUCCCCCAACUUGGUCCAUACUGGCAGGACAUUCCCGUACAGUGUCAGACUCCAUUAAAAGCCUCAUCACCUCUAUCAGGGACAAGGCUCCAGGUCAGCGGGAGUGUGACAGCUCCAUCGACAACAUUAACAAGUGCAUCCGGGAGAUUGAGCAAGCCUCACUGUCAGCAGUCAGCCAGAACCUGCCCACCAGAGACGACAUCUCCCUGGAGGCCUUGCAGGAACAGAUGAGCUCCACCGUGCAGGAGAUCGGACACCUGAUCGACCCGAUCACCACAGCAGCUCGAGGAGAAGCUGCACAGCUCGGCCAUAAGGUCACUCAGCUGGCCAGUUACUUCGAACCGUUGACCCUGGCCUCUAUUGGUGUGGCAUCAAAGAUUCUUGACCACCAGCAGCAGAUGACCGUGUUGGACCAAACCAAGACCCUGGCAGAGUCUGCGUUGCAAAUGCUCUACGCUGCUAAAGAAGGUGGUGGUAACCCCAAGGCUGUGCACACACACGAUGCGAUUACAGAGGCAGCUCAGCUCAUGAAAGAAGCAGUGGACGAUAUCAUGGUGACUCUGAACGAAGCCGCCAGCGAUAUCGGAAUGGUGGGAGGUAUGGUCGAUGCCAUCGCUGAUGCGAUGAACAGACUGGAUGAAGGCACACCUCCGGAGCCUGAGGGAAACUUUGUGGACUACCAAACCACGAUGGUGAAAUAUUCCAAGGCGAUCGCAGUCACUGCUCAGGAGAUGAUGUCGAAAUCCGUCACUAGCCCUGAGGAGUUGGGUGGCCUGGCCUCCCAGGUGACUACUGACUAUGGCCACCUGGCCCAUCAAGGACGCCUUGCCACGGCUACUGCUGACAGCGAGGAGAUUGGAUUCCAGAUUAAGACCCGAGUCCAGGAUCUUGGUCACGGCUGUAUAUUCCUGGUGCAGAAAGCUGGUGCUGUGCAGAUCAGUCCCACCGACAGCUUUACCAAGAGAGAGCUCAUCGAGUGUGCCCGUGCUGUGACUGAGAAGGUCUCCUUGGUUCUGUCUGCCCUGCAAGCGGGUAACAGGGGCACACAGGCCUGUAUCACUGCAGCCAGCGCUGUGUCUGGUAUCAUCGGAGACCUGGACACCACCAUAAUGUUCGCCACAGCCGGUACUCUCAAUGCGGAGAACGACGAGUCAUUUGCAGACCACAGGGAGAACAUCCUGAAGACAGCCAAGGCCCUGGUCGAAGACACCAAGUUCCUGGUGUCGGGGGCGGCCUCCAGCCAGGAGAAGCUGGCGCAGGCUGCGCAGUCCUCGGUCAACACCAUCACCCAGCUGGCAGACGUGGUGAAGCAGGGAGCAGCCAGCCUUGGCUCCAAUGACCCAGAAACACAGGUGGUGCUCAUCAAUGCAGUGAAGGAUGUGGCAAAGGCUUUGACCGACCUCAUCAGCGCCACAAAAUGUGCAGCUGGCAAACCCGCUGACGAUCCAUCGAUGUACCAACUGAAGAGCGCGGCCAAGGUGAUGGUUACAAAUGUCACAUCACUCCUGAAAACAGUGAAAGCUGUGGAGGAUGAGGCCACACGAGGUACCAGGGCGCUCGAGGGAACGAUAGAGAGCAUCAAACAGGAGCUGGCGGUAUUGCCAGUUGACCAUUGUUUUCUCCGGCAGAUCAUUGCAGCCCAGGAGGAGAUGCUGAGGAAGGAGAAGGAGCUGGAGGAGGCUCGCAAGAAGCUGGCGCAGAUCCGCCAGCAGCAGUACAAGUUCCUCCCGUCGGAGCUCCGUGAAGAUGAAAGCUAA